AUGGACGCAUUAGUUCUGAGCAGUCUGAUAGCUGCCAUCAUCGUGCUUUCGAUCUAUUGCGAUCGGUAUAAGCGACACCGUUUCCCUCCCGGUCCGAAGGGACUUCCGGUCCUGGGGAACAUUUUAGACGUCCCUCGCGAUGGUCGCGGCUGGUUGACGUACCAGCGAUGGGGCCGCGAAUAUGGUUCGGAUGUCAUUCAUCUACGAGUUCUCGGAAGCUCCAUAGUUGUCCUCAACUCAGCUACGGCUGCGUUCGAAUUGUUCGACAAACGAUCCUCUAUAUAUUCUGACAGGCAGCAUUCAGUCAUACUACACGACUUCAUUGGCUGGGGAAAAGCUUUUGCCUUCUUAGGAUAUAAUGACGAUUGGCGAGAACAUCGUCGUCUCUUCCACCAGCAGUUUCACGGCCAAGCGAUCCAGAAGUAUCAACAUAAGAUGGUAAAGGAGGCUAGAAAACUUAUUGUUGGUCUCCUGACGACUGACGACUUCACGAAGAACCUUCGUCUGUUGUCAGCGGCGACUAUACUAAGCGUCACGUAUGGAAUGGAAAUUGAAGACAACAACGACUCGUACAUCCUUCUCGCUGAGAAAGCCAUGCGCUCAAUAACGCGAGCUGGGACUUUAGGGUCGUAUAUGGUCGAAUUUGUACCAUUAAUGCGAUACAUACCGUCUUGGGCUCCUGGAGGUCAGUUCAAAGUAGAGGCGGCGGAAUGGAGCGAAGUGGUAUCCGCUAUGUUCACGAAGCCGCUCGAGCUUGUCAAGAAAGCGAUGACACAAGGAACUGCAUCGCCUUCCAUUGCAGCGGCCCUCCUGGGAAAGUUAGAAGACGAUAAACAAAGCUCGAAGUCCGAACGCCUCAUCCGCAAUGUCGCGGGAGUGGCGUACGUCGGGGGUGCUGAUACCUCUGCGUCGGCUCUUGGAACCUUCGUGCUUGCCAUGAUCAUGAACCCCACCGUACAGGCAGUGGCUCAAGGACAUAUCGACCGUGUUAUCGGAAAGGACAGUCUUCCGGACUACGCACAUCGUGAAUUCCUGCCUUACAUCACUGCCAUCAUGUACGAAGUUCUGAGGUGGCGUCCUACAGGUCCACUCGCAGUCCCACAUCGAGCGGUCAUGAAAGACGAAUACAAAGGCUACCAAAUUCCUGCAGGCGCUAUCGUGGUUGGGAACUCGUGGGCAAUCCUGCAUGACCCAGUUCGCUUCCCGGACCCAGACACCUUCGACCCCACUCGCUGGCUCACACCAGACGGGCAGCUCAGCCAGGCCACGUCAGACGCUAUGGUUGCAUUCGGCUUCGGCAGGCGCAUCUGUCCGGGGAGGCACUUCGCUAUGGAGUCUAUUUGGAUUUCCAUGGUGCACAUCCUCGCGAUGUAUAAUAUAGCAAAGCCUGUGGACGAGUCUGGGACAGUUGUCGAACCGAGUGGAGAGUAUACGUCUGGACUAGUAGUGCACCCUCUUCCGUUCGAGGCGGUUUUCAAGCCUCGGUCUGCAGCUGCACUUAGCCUCAUCCAAUCUAUGGCUCUCAAUGACUAAUGUAUCUAUUUCAUCGCUGAACGACGACUCCUGGAAUGCAGAAACAGUUCCACUCACUUGCGUACAUCAAGAUUCAUCCAUUACAGGCUCAAGGUGAACAUGAAUAUCAGCUGUACACUCUGACAUGUGAAUAAACAGAAGUCUCCCGAGCUGUUCUCUUACACAUGGACGCUACUCGUCUGUAUUU